CAUUCCGUUUUUUCUCUCCACAGGAGCGUUAAUAACACCGAUCCCCUUCAUCGUCGUUCUCUAGAAACUUCAGUGUCAAUUCAGAGUCAUCAGCAAUGGCGACAAACAUCGGAAUGAUGGACGCUGCUUAUUUCGUAGGCCGAUCGGAGAUCUUAUCGUGGAUCAACUCAACUCUCCGACUCAAUCUCUCCAAAGUCGAGGAGGCAUGUUCGGGUGCUGUUCAUUGUCAGCUAAUGGAUGUCGCGCAUCCUGGUACUGUUCCGAUGCACAAAGUCAAUUUCGAUGCCAAAACUGAAUACGACAUGAUUCAGAAUUACAAGGUUCUUCAAGAUGUUUUCAACAAACUCAAGAUCACCAAGCACAUCGAAGUGAGCAAACUGGUGAAAGGAAGACCACUGGAUAACCUCGAAUUCAUGCAAUGGAUGAAACGAUACUGCGAUUCAGUCAGCGGAGGCGCUAAUCAAAAUUACAAUCCUGAAGAGAGAAGAGAAGCUUGCAAAGGCGGGAAAGACGUCAGCAAAAAACCUACUCGGAGUUCCACUUCCACCGGUGCACCACCUAAAUCUCAUAACUCUCGAAGAGUUGACACACCGACUCCCAACUCAACACUCCUUCCUCCUGUCAAGAACACAACCAUCGACACAUCCGCAUACGAGAAACAGAUCACUGAACUGAAACUAACAAUGGAUAGCCUCGAGAAAGAGAGAGAUUUCUACUUCGGGAAGCUCAGAGACAUUGAAAUCCUCUGCCGGAUUUCGACCAUGUCAAAUAUACCAGGUAUUGAAGCUAUAAAGAGGAUACUAUAUGCUGCUGAAGAUGAUGCUUCGAUAGUUGAAGAAGCUCAAGCUAUGCUUCUGAAUAAUGAAAAUAAAGAACAAGAAGAAGAAGAGUCGAAGUCUGAUUCACAGAAGAGGAAAUCGAUUGUGAACGCUGAAGUUGAUGCGGCGGCGAACACGGCGUUGUCUCCCAGGCUAAAGGUUUCCGACGGUUCCGAUGUGCAUUCUAGUGGAUCACCUCUCUUGAUCUCCUGGUGAAGAGGUAUAUUUGAGUAUUGUCAAAUUUGGACGUAAAGAAUUGGUAUUUGCAAGUUUAGUCCUUUGGGUUUUUGAUGGGGAUAUAUAUACAUAAUACGUAUGGUACAAAAGAUG